ACCCCCAAACCUUACCAAUUACCUCCUCCUUCCCUUUCUCCCUCUUUUUGCCUUAGCUUCCAAGCAUAAUUGGUGGUGCACUCUUUCACUUUCUCUCUCUUAAAUUCACCCUUUCUCUCUCCAAAGUUCACACUUUUUCUUUUCAAAUUUCCGAGUUUUAUCUGAAUCUUACAAUCCUCUGUUUUUUUUUUAAUAUAUUACUCUGUUUUCAUAAUUGUUGGGAAAUGGGAAGAGCACCUUGUUGUGAUAAAGCAAAUGUGAAAAGAGGACCAUGGUCACCUGAAGAAGAUGCAACUUUGAAGAAUUACCUUCACAAAAAUGGCACUGGUGGCAACUGGAUUUCUCUUCCUCAACGAGCUGGUCUAAAGAGGUGUGGGAAGAGCUGCAGAUUAAGGUGGUUAAAUUAUCUAAGGCCAGACAUAAAACAUGGAGCCUUCACUGAAGAAGAAGAUAACACCAUCAUCUCUCUCUUCUAUAAAAUGGGAAGCAGGUGGUCAGUGAUAGCUGCCAAUCUACCAGGAAGGACAGAUAAUGAUGUGAAGAAUCAUUGGAACACUAAGCUCAAGAAGAAGCUCUUUGGUGCAAACAACAACAACAACAACAAUAUUAACAAAUUUAAUGUCCCUAAAAUUGAAGCCCCUUUCAUUCAUAAUCCCAACAUUUACCAACCUUCUUCCUCUUCUUCAACUCCAAAUCAUAGCUUUAAUCAUGAUCAUAAUCAUAAUCUUAAUCAAAAUCUUUAUAAUCAAUUCUAUGUUCCAAUCCCAAGCUUUUCAACAUUGUUGGCACAAUGUAGUACACCUACUUCUCCUAUGUCAUUGUUGCCUAACUACACCACACUUUCGAAUAUGGGUCACCCGUAUAACCCGGUUCCUACCCCGACUUACUCAUCACCCGACGCCCGGUACAUGCUCCACACACCGGUUCCCGAGAGUGUGGGCCCUCCAGAGGAAGCUUCUAGUGUAUCGGGGUCGUCGUCUGCAGUGUACGGGUCGAGUUUGGAGGAUGACCCGUUUUUCGCGGAGUUAGGGUUCGGGUUGAUGCAAGAAGUGAUGAUGAAUAGUCCGAAUUGUGGGUAUGGUGAUCAAGAAGAUAUUAAGCCUCAAGGACUUGGUCAAAGUGUGGCUAAUUGAUGAUGAUUAUUAUUAUUAUUCUGACUUAGACAAAAAAAGAGAGAGUGAUGAAUUAGGCAUCUUAAUUAAGUUAUUGCUUGUUUAAAUUAUUGUUGAUUAAUUAAUUAAUUAAUUACUACUAGUAGUAUAGUAUUGUUGUAGUAAUCCCCUCACUUGGUUGUUCAUAGAAGGGGACAAUGUAAUGUGAAUCUGAUUGAAGUAAUAUAAUUAACCCAAAGAAGAGUUUAUGUUAUUAAUUA